CCCCGUGUCCCCCCGUGUCCCCAGGCUCCAGCAAUGCCUGUGAGAAGACAUCGUUCGUGUUCCUGCGCCAGGAGCUGCCCGUGCGCCUCUCCAACAUCAUGAAGGAGAUCAACCUGCUCCCGGACCGGGUGCUGCGCACGCCCUCCGUGCAGCUGGUGCAGAGCUGGUACGUCCAGAGCCUGCUGGACAUCAUGGAAUUCCACGACAAGGACCCCGAGGACCAAGCCACGCUGGGACAGUUCACGAACGCGCUGGUGACAAUCCGGAACCGGCACAACGACGUUGUCCCCACCAUGGCGCAGGGCGUCAUCGAGUACAAGGAGACGUACGGGGACGACCCCGUGUCCAACCAGAACAUCCAGUACUUCCUGGACCGCUUCUACCUGAGCCGCAUCUCCAUCCGCAUGCUCAUCAACCAGCACACCCUGCUCUUCACUGGCAGCACCAACCCCGCGCACCCCAAACACAUCGGGAGCAUCGACCCCCACUGCAACGUGGCCAACGUGGUGAGAGAUGCCUACAACAUGGCCAAGCUGCUGUGUGACAAAUACUACAUGGCCUCACCCGACCUGGAGAUCGAGGAGGUCAACGCCUGCAACGCGGAGCAGCCCGUGAACAUCGUCUACGUCCCGUCCCACCUGUACCACAUGCUCUUCGAGCUCUUCAAGAACGCCAUGAGAGCCACGGUGGAGAGCCACGAGAACAGCCCGCGGCUGCCGGCCAUCAGGGUGAUGGUGGCCCUGGGCCAGGAGGACCUGUCCAUCCGGAUGAGUGACAGGGGCAUGGGGGUGCCCCUGAGGAAGAUCGAGCGGCUCUUCAGCUACAUGUACUCCACAGCCCCCACCCCCCAGCCGGGCAGCGGGGGUGCCCCCCUGGCCGGGUUUGGCUACGGGCUGCCCAUCUCCCGCCUCUACGCCAAGUACUUCCAGGGGGACCUGCAGCUCUUCUCCAUGGAGGGCUUCGGCACCGACGCCGUCAUCUACCUGAAGGCGCUGUCCACGGACUCGGUGGAGCGGCUGCCCGUGUACAACAAGUCGGCGUGGCGGCACUACCAGGCCAGCCAGGAGGCGGGGGACUGGUGUGUGCCCAGCACCGAGCCCAAGAACACCUCCACCUACCGCGUCCCCUGAGCCCCCCGCGCCCCCCCGGCCGCCCAGGACCCCCCGGCCCCACUCACGGGGUGACCCCCGGUGCCC